AUGGAAGACUUGUUUCGACCAGCUUGUGGUAUAAAAUUAGAAACUUUAACUGUUCAUGCGAUCGACAUAGAUCGAAUAGAUAAUAUGAUGCUGGGACGUAGUGCAUCGACUGGAUUAGCGUUGUCAAUUCAUCAUAUUGAAUUCUACGUUUCUAAUGCUUUGCAGAGUUCCUACUGGUAUUGCAUCAAUUUUGGUUUUCAGCGGUUUGCCAAGAAAGAAAAUGCUCAGUGGAGCAGUAUAGCUAUUCGUAAUGGAAACAUUGUUUUUAUCUUCACGUCAUGUAAGGGACAGGACGAAGAUUUUGUGAAACAUUUGACUAUUCGUGGAGAUUCUGUUAGAAAUGUAUCAUUUCUGACUAAUGACAUAAGUGCUAUAAUUGAGCGCAUAGUUGAAGAAGGUGGAUUUCUGGUGAGGCCAGUUGAAGUUGUUGCUGAUGAUGAUGGUUUCGUAAAAACCCUUAUGAUUGGUCUGCGGGAAUGCGAUGUAUAUCAUAGUCUACUAGAUUCAAAAGCAUACCAUGGAUUCUUCUUGCCGAAAUAUGAACAAUGCGAUUGUAGCAGCGAUAUUCUGAAAUCAUUAGAAGAAAUAUCGAUCAUUUCAGUAGAUCAUUUCGUAAUCAAUUAUCCGUUGGAUUUUGUGCAGUCUGCCUUGCAUUACUAUCAUCAAAUAUUUGAUUUUGAAGAAAUAUGGUCGGUUGAUGAAUCGAUAUUUAAUUCGAGUCAUUCUGCCAUGAAAAUCGUGUUGAUAGCAAAUAAAUCCAAAACGAUACAGAUAGGCCUUGCUGAACCGAUUCCAAAAGCUGGAGGAAUGCGCGGUCAAAUACAAGAAUUUCUGGAUUACAACAGAGGUGCUGGUGUCCAACAUAUCGCAUUCCUGGUGAACAAUAUUAUUCAAACAGCGGAACGAAUGAAAAGCAGAGGCAUCAAAUUCGUUGCCAUUCCUGACGAAUACUAUACUGAUCUCGAAGCGCGUCUUGCUACUUCUCCAGUAAAGCUGUUGGAAAAUUUUGAAAAAAUCAAAGAGCUCCGAAUUCUAAUGGAUUUUGAUGACAAUGGAUAUUUACUACAAAUGUUCACCCAGUCAGUCCAAGAUCGACCAACACUUUUCUUCGAAGUAAUCCAACGCAAUAAUUUUUCCGGUUUUGGUGAUGGAAAUAUAAAGGCUUUGUUUAAUGCAGUGGAGAAAGAGCAGGAGAGGCGUGGGACUCUCUAUCACAAUUUAUAA